AUGGCCUCCAUGGGGCUGCAGGUGUUGGGCAUUGCCCUCUCUGUCAUCGGCUGGUUGGCCUCCAUCCUCUGCUGCGCGCUGCCCAUGUGGCGGGAGACGGCCUUCAUCGGCAACAACAUUGUGGUAGCCCAGAUCAUCUGGGAAGGGCUGUGGAUGAACUGCGUGGUGCAGAGCACGGGGCAGAUGCAGUGCAAGGUCUAUGACUCCAUGCUG